CCGAGAAUAUACCACUACUCGCACCUAUGAGUACGGAAUCUCUUUCCUACUUUCUGUUGCUACAGCAGCUGCUACUUCCCCUCCAUUUCAGUUAUUUCACCUUGAAGAAGAACAGACUUUCACAUUGUUAAGUUUGCGGAGGGCGAAAAUAAUGGAGACCGCGGUGGUGAGAACUGAGAAGAACCUGAAGCAAGCUGCAAUAGCCAGCUCUGCUCCCUGUUAAACUCAGGCCGACGAUUCAAUAACCCAUAGUAGCCGCCACAAGAAGACGAAACAAAUAUGUCGUCUCUUCUGCUCAACGCGAGCCACAAUCUCUGCUUCAAGCUCUCUUCUUCUGGAUGUCAAUGGCAGCCUCUUCUUCCUAAUAAUACCCAUCGUGUCUCCUUCUCACGGGUGGGUGCUGAAAAGCAAGGUCCCAUUGCUGCUUUAGCUUCUGCUGAACAGCUUGUAUGGCCAUCUCCGAGUGAUGAAACCCCUUUCUGGAAGAGGGAUUUCCCUUCUUGGAAUGCGGAUUCCGAUGUUCCUAGUGACGUCGUCAAGGAUUCUGAUCCAAUGCACGUCAUCCACGUCACAGCCGAGAUGGCUCCCAUUGCCAAAGUUGGCGGCCUUGGUGACGUUGUGACCGGACUUGCUCGUGCUUGUCUCUCUCGUGGCCAUACAGUGGAUGUAAUGCUCCCUUUCUAUGAGUGCAUACAGAGGCAGCAAGUUGUUGACCUGGAAUUGGUCUCUACAUACAACUCCUAUCUGGAGGGGGAAUGGAUCCCGGUGAAUGCAUAUCGCGGGGUUGUAACUGGCAUUCCUGUGAUACUAAUUGAACCAUCAAACCAGUUCUUCAAAGGGAAGCAAGUCUAUGGUGGUUGCUACAAUGAAUUGGAGGCUUACUUGUUCUUUAGCCGGGCUUGCCUUGAGUGGAUGCAGGUAACGGGGAUUCAACCUGACAUUAUCCACGUCCAUGAAUGGCAGACAGGCGCUUUGCCCUUGCUUUACUGGGAUAUGUACCACCAUCUUUCACUGAAGAAACCACGAAUAGUGUUGACAAUACACAACAUGGAACAUUAUGGAGAAUGCCGCCAAGAGCAAAUCAGCAAAUGCGGUCUUGAUGGGUCAGCAUAUGCAACGGUAGAGAAGGCGGUUGAUGAUCGGACUAUUGGCCAUAAUCCUGAGAGGUUAAGCUUGCUGAAAGGUGGAAUAGUGUACAGCAAUGCAGUAGUUACAGUUUCUCCAACAUAUUUGAAGGAAACAUUAUGUUCAGGAUGGUUGGCAGGCACUUUGAUAAAGUCUCGUGAUAAGUACUUUGGUAUACUAAAUGGUAUUGAUACUACAAUGUGGAAUCCUGCUACUGAUGCUUUUCUGCCUGCUCAGUUCAAUGCUCACAACAUUGAGGGAAAGAAGUUAUGCAAACAGUAUGUGCAAAGGGGGCUUGGUUUGAUUUCUGAGGCCUCUGGAUCCGGUAACCAAAUGCCGGAUGCAGCACCAGAAGUGCCCUUGGUUAUCUGUAUUACAAGACUGGUUCCUCAAAAGGGUCUUCAUUUGAUUACUCAUGCCAUCAAGCGUAUUGAAGAACUGGGUGGACAAAUGAUUAUCCUUGGAAAAGCUUCAGAUGCUCGCGUUGAAAGUGAAUUCAAGCAUCUUGCAGAUUUGCAUAAUCAAGGUCCCAGCAUUCGCAUUCUACUGCUCUACAGCGAGGAGCUGUCCCAUAUGCUUUAUGCUGCGGCAGACAUGGUUUUAGUCCCCUCGAUCUAUGAGCCAUGUGGACUUUCGCAAAUGCUUGGCAUGCGCUAUGGUGCGGUUCCAAUUGUUAGAAAGACAGGUGGCCUUGCGGAUACAGUCUUCGACGUGGAUGAGCAGUCAAACCAUCAUGAGAUGACUAAUGGGUUUGUCUUUGAAGGAAUUGACGAAGGAUCUUUCAAUUGGGCUCUAGACCGCGCAUUUACAUAUCAUCGAGAAAAACCGGAGGAGUGGACUGGCAUAGUUAGAAGAGUGAUGGAAUGCGACAAUACCUGGAACAACACAGCCGGAAAGUAUAUUGAGGUGUACAACUCGGUUAGGGUUGCAUAGUGAGAAUGAUGCUACAGAUGGUCAGAUGAUACAAUGCACACAAGUGCAUAUUCAGAAUACAUGCUGCCAUUAAACCGAAGCCAAUCUGAGGUGGAGAACUGCAAUCUGCAGCAACAGAAUGGUUUAGCAGCAAUGUUCUGCUUGUGUAGUACAAUGAUACUAGUUGCAUGUUUAUAAUGCCACUUACUUCUGUGCAAACUUAAACAUGUUAUCUCAACAACACAUAAGAAUGAAAUGUCCAAUUUCCUUACAACACCAA